UACACACUUCUUGCAAUCAGUCAUAAAAGUUGUAUCAAUAAUGUUAGUUACAUUUCUAUUAGUUACAACGCUUCUCUUACAAUUUCACGGCACUAUAGUGGAAACACGAUCAGCUCGUAUUGUUGGUGGGCGACCAGUGUAUAUCGAACAAUUUCCCUAUAUGGUAAAUUUGCGUAGAGAGGGUUCAUUCUACUGUGGCGGAUCGUUAAUAACACCGAAAUGUGUAUUAACAGCGGCACAUUGUAUUCGUAGACCGAGGGAAAUAACCGUUCAAGCUGGUGCCACAUAUUUGCAUGAAGACUACUAUCAAAGAAGAGUUAAAAAGAUUUUCAGACCAAAAUCCUUCGAUGAAAAAACAUUAGAUAAUGAUGUUGCCAUAUUCAAAUUAAAUUCACCUUUUAGGGAAAGAUUUAUUGAAAGCAUAGAGUUAUCGAAUGAUAUGCCACAAAAAGGAGACUUUGUUAAAGUAUCCGGUUGGGGUUUGACACGAGAAAAUGGUACUGUCUCACAACAAUUGAGAUCGGUUUAUGUAGAAGUCUUAUCGCAUGAAGAAUGUCGUGAAAUAUAUCUAAAUUAUCGUAAUGUUACAAAAAGUAUGUUUUGUGCUUCGAUUCCUGGAGUUAAGGAUGCUUGUGCAGCCGAUUCGGGUGGUCCAGUUUUGCUGGAUGACCAAUUAGUGGGUAUUGUUUCUUGGGGUAGAGGACGUGAGUGUGCGAGAGAAGAGUCACCUGGUGUUUAUGUAAAUAUUAAUGCCCUUCGACCGUGGAUUGAUAAAAUUGUUGAUGAAUAUUGUUAGGAUAAGUAUGUGAAUAAAGAAUAAUUUAAUUGAUUAAGUAAUUAAAUAUUAAUGUACUAUAGUUUUAUAUAAAUGAUGAAAUAAAAAAACUACGAAAGCGAACACGAGAUAAGAUUCGA